AAAGUUUUCAAAGUUACUUGUGAUCAACAACAGGAGUCAAUUUUUAACUAGAUUUCUAGGAACAGUCGUUCUCAGUUAUUAUUUUUCUUUUUACGUGCCCAAAUUACUAUAUUUAAAUAAUAGAUGAGACCUAUCCACACUCCACAGUCCAAUAUAUCCCUUUUACCUAUCGCUGGUAUACCACCGUAUUCUUCAAUGAUUGGGAAUACUAAUCGGGAUGAGAGGCUACCAAAUGUUUCCAUUCAGAACUGUCAAAACCCACCAACCAGCACGCCGCCCGUUUUCUUUAUGCCACCUCAACACCAUAAUAACAUUAUGGAAAAUAAUGCAAAUGUUUUGCACUCUUCAUCGCAUAUGUAUAAUCCCAUUCAAAACAUAUCCGGGUACAUGGCUACUCCCGUUGCUUCAAAUACACCCAUUCCACCUCUUAGUAUGAAUCAACAUCGAAAUGACAUUCGCCCUAUUAACAUGAAUUCCGAUCUUUUUUCCUAUUAUCCUGUACCUCAAAUGAGAACUGUACCCGAAAUUCGCUCAACUCCAGUGUAUACUGGUGAUCAAGUUCAUCUUCCAGUGGCUCAACGUGGACCUACGGUUUACAUUGGCCAUUUAACUCCAGAUACUGAUGAUGUGAUCAUUCGUCAAUUAUUACAAGAAUGUGGCCGAGUGCUUCGAUGGUCUCGAACCACUGAUCCUGGAACCAAAAAAUUAUCUAGCUUUGGAUUCUGCGAAUUUGAGUCCCCACUUGGUGUCACUCGUGCCGUUCGAUGUUUAAAUGGUCUUAUACUUAAUGGGCAGCCUCUUGUGGCUAAUUGUGAAGAUAAAGUUAAAGAAGGAAUGGAGAAAUGGAGAAAUGAUAGAAAAAACAAGCUUCAAGAAGAAAAUCCUGCAAAGUCUAUUCAGGAAAUCGAACAAGAAAUUGAAAAAGAAGAAUUGAGAACUACAGCAACAACAAGACGUAUAGCUUCUGAGUGGAAUGCUAAAAUUGCAGCUCAACGUGUCACGGAGGAAACUCAAAAACAAGAAACCGCACCAGAGGUUACCUCUCUUGCACCUUUAGUACCUGAAGCUGCAGUUGAACCCCAAAGGCCUAUCACCGAACCAAUAGUACCAGAAACUUUACCGGAGAAAACUGCUUGUGUGAAAGUUUCUCGUCAUCAACAACUACUCAAUGCAUUACCGGGGUAUGUUGAGGCACCUUUGAAUCAAACUUUAUCCAGUCGUGAAUCCAUUCGAAUCCGACAAUGGAAUAACAUUAUCAAGGAUAGAAGAGCAAAUUUUCGGAAACGUUGCCAGGCAUGGGAAAAAAAAGAAGAAUAUUUAUUUAAAGAUAGAGCAAGAAACCGUGAAGAAUGUGAAGCUGCAUUAAAAAAUCCUUCAAAAAUGUUUCAUUCUCAAAAAAAACGCUUAAUUGAUAAAGAUAUUUGUGAUUUACUAUACUGUAUUACUCCAAACGGAACAAUUUGGGAAGGACCAUUAAGCUCCCGUCGAGAAGAAGAACAGAUGGCUUGUAUUGAAAAGGAAAUUCAACGUGAUGAUUUAGACAGGGAAAAAGAGAAAGAAGAAAUUGAAGCAGCAAUUCAAGCAGAAAAGGACAAAAAAUUGAAGGAACAAGAAGAAAUGCUUGAAAAACAGAUACAAAAAGAGAAGGAGGAAGUAGUCGCUCUUGAUCCAGUACAACACGUGGAUAUUGAUAAGCAAGAUAUACAUGCAAAACUAUCUGAUAGCCCCGUUAGUAAUGUUACGAAAGACGUGACUGAUAUAUCUAUAUCUUCGCACACUAAAUCAAUGGAAUCUGAGUCACCGAUGCAAGCAGCGGUUAUCGGUUCUGAAAAACUUAUUGAAGGUCUUCAUGCUCCACUAGAUUUAAGAGGCAUUUCUGCCAAAAAACGUUUACCCGUACGAGAUAAACGAGUCAUUUCAAGUGUUUCAAAUGUGUUUAAUUUGUGUGACGACGAUGAUGAUGAUGGAGAGUUCAGAACACGCUAUAAACGGCCAUUACCCGAAUUAACCACGUCAUUAAAUUUAGCAAAACGACCUGAAGAAGCAAAGUUACAAUCAGUUCCAGAAAAUUCAAAAGAAUUACUCCUUCAAAUUGCCUCACAAAUUCCUCAAAAAAUGGAAGAUCUUUUUGUGCAAGAAAUUGAUUGGGAUCUUUUGAAAAAACAUAAAAUACUUGACGCAAAAGUAACACCGUGGAUCAACAAAAAGAUACUAGAAUUUUUGGGAGAAGAAGAACCAGAGCUGACAUUUCUAAUAUCUACAAAGUUAUCGUUGGAGCCUGAUCCCUCUGGAUUUUUAGAGGAACUUAAGGAGUUCUUUGAUGAAGAUGCCACUGGCUUCACUGUGAAGCUAUGGAAAAUGUUAUUAUUUGAAGUACUACGUUUACGGCGAUCAUCAUGAUCGCUUCAUGUUACUUAAUUUAAAUUUUUUUUAAAUACUGUGUUAAUAUAUCAAAAAUAUUUAACCUGUUAUGCUAUACUAUGACAAAAUGAAUUUAAAUUACAACACCACCAUUGAUUGCGUUAGUAAUAAAUUAUUAUUACG